ACAAAAGCAGCUGCUUGCAAAUAUUGCUUGUCGAGAUGAUGUUAUGUAAGUGUAUGUGGAGGGGUUUUUCUCCAAAAUCGAGUUCUCUAUUGUCAGCAAACAGAAGCUUGGUUGUAGGAUCAUUACAAAGAUGGAGCUCAAGCAGUCAGGAGGAAAAAAAGCCCAAGACUGGAAUUCUGUUGAUGAACAUGGGUGGCCCAGAAACAACUGACGAAGUUCACAGUUUUUUAUCAAAUUUAUUUCAUGAUGGUGAUCUUAUUCCUCUCCCUUUUCAAAAGUUUCUUGCACCUGUCAUCGCAAAACGAAGAACCCCCUCAAUACAAGAACAAUAUGCAAAAAUUGGAGGUGGUUCUCCUAUUAAGAAGUGGACACACAUCCAGGGUGAAGGAAUGGUGAAAAUUCUGGACCAGAUAUCUCCAGGAACAGCACCGCACAAAUAUUACAUUGGAUUCAGAUAUGUUGACCCCUUGACAGAAGAUGCAGUUGAUGCAAUGGAAAGAGACGGCAUCGAGCGUGCAGUGGCCUUCACACAGUACCCACAAUACUCUUGCUCCACCACUGGUAGCAGCUUGAAUGCUCUCCAUGGCCACUACAAACGAAACAACAGUAAGGCGAAGAUGAAAUGGAGUGUCAUAGACCGAUGGCCGACGCACCCAAAGCUAAUCAAAGCAUUUGCUGAUUCAAUUAAAGACGAACUAGCUGUAUUCGCGGAACAGGGGGUAGAAGACGACGUAGUGAUUCUUUUUUCGGCCCAUUCGCUUCCAAUGUCGGUUGUUAAUCGUGGAGACCCAUACCCACAAGAAGUUGGUGCAACUGUACAUAGAGUAAUGGAAGAGCUGAACUUCAGUAAUUCUUACAGACUGUGUUGGCAGUCAAAGGUUGGUCCUGCUGCUUGGCUUGGCCCUCAAACAUCAGAAUCGAUUGAAGGCCUAGUGAAAAACGGUCGAAAAAAUAUCCUCUUGGUUCCAAUUGCUUUCACAUCAGACCAUAUUGAAACUUUGUUUGAGCUGGAUAUCGAAUAUGCGGAAGUUCUUGGGAAAGAGGUUGGGGCCAAUGUUAGAAGAUCAAGAUCGAUGAACGACAACACUCUUUUUAUCGAGGCCAUGGCUGAUGUUGUGAAAACACAUUUACUUUCUGGCGAUUCAAGCUCUAAGCAGCUUCCACUCCGAUGUCCUAUGUGCAUAAAUCCGAAAUGCAAAGAAACAAAAACUUUUUUCCGUAGUUUUUCAUUUAAGGAUAUAUAAUAGCCUUGUUUUCA